CAGCACAAAGAAGUCAGAGAGUUCAUCGAACAUGUUUUUCUGAACUCAGAACCCAGAUAAGGUUUAAAAUGAGACGUUCACAGGACGACAUGGAUGACAAAACCUCUGCCCCAAUACACCCAGAGACCACCAGAGGGUCAAAGGUCCCAUCAGAGAGAGUGGUCCUGCUGGUAAUCACUGCUCUCCUGGCAGCUACUGUCAUAGUGAUUUGUCGUCUCUCUCUUGCCAUCAUGCAAACUGAAAGAAGUUUCCAGAAACUGAGAGAUGAGAAUGAAGCAUUGAAGAGAAAUUUAACAGAUGGCACCUGUCUGAAAUGUGAACAAGGCUGGGAGCGAUAUGGAGGAAGUUGUUAUUAUUUCUCCAAGGAUAAAUCAUCCUGGGAUCACAGUUGGGAUGAAUGUAAACAACAAGGAGGAGAGCUGGUGAAGAUAGAGAGCAGAGAGGAGCAGGUUUUCCUAGACGUGAGGCUGAGAAACAAAAUGGUUGAACCAGAGGACAGGUUCUGGAUCGGACUGACUGACAUGCAGAGAGAGGGGACGUGGAUGUGGGCAGACGGAUCUCCACUGGACAAAAAUUUGACAUUUUGGAGCAAGGGUGAGCCGGACAACUGGACAGGGUCUGAUGGGGAGGACUGCGCGAGGAUGGGGGAAAAAGGAGGAGCUGAGGAAAACAAGUCCUGGUUUGAUAAAUCCUGCAGACUCCCUCAUAAAUAUAUUUGUGAGAAACCAGCAGAAAAAGGAAAAUUAAAGUGUCUCUGAAGAGUAUUUCAGCUUAUUUCCCUCUCAGCUCUUUAAACAUCUCAGUACAAGACAAUGCAGAGUAAUGCUGUAAUAAAUAUCAUUAUUAAAAUUAUUAUUAUUAAACAGAUCACAAAUGAUGGUGGAAUUUUAACGAUUAGAAAAUCAAAGCUCAUACAAAGAAAUAUAACCUGUAACAGUUUCACAAUCAAAUAUGUGAUCAUUACCAGGGCCCAAGGCCGCCUAUAAGGUGAUGGAGAGCUUUCUGGGGCCCUGCCAAAGGGAAGGGGGAGGGGCAUGGGGGGAAAAUCAUGGUCCAUUGUAG